GAAGUCUGUGAUUUUUCAUAUCGGACCCAACAAUAUGGCCCGAAUUAAUCUGAGGCCCGAAAUGAUAGUUCUUGAUUGGGCUUCCUAGCCCAGCUAACACGAUCAUUUUCUUGUCAGUGAAACAAGUCCCCACCUCUCCUGAAUUCUGCAAAUUUCAGUACUGUACAUGCAAAGUAAUGCAGAAAAGGGAUAAUGCCCACCUGAUUUUUAAUCUUCACCCCUUCCAGUGCCAGUGGGAUUGGGAUACAAAUUACAUCAACUCCGCCGGGAGGAGCUUGUGUUCUUGAUCCUAGUUUUUGCACUAUCCGACGCCAUGAAAACCGACCAACCCAAGCUCAAAACCACUCCCCGUACUCAACUUUUUUCAUGUGGCUUCUUUCGCAAAUGCACGCAAACUGUCCUCAGUCCCACAACCUCCACUCCACCGCCCCUCCCUCAGGCGGCGCCGCCUCCUCCUCCGCCGCCAGCCCAGCUCCCACCGCCAGCCCAGCCUGAGUCAUCCUCCUCUUCUUCUUCAAACACCUCCCAGAGUUUCACUCAGUGGAGGUUCCCGCUCUCCAACUCACCCAUAUCCCACCACUCAUACUCGCAGCCGAAAGCUGAAGCGGUAUCCGAACCCGACCUGAAAUUGGAGGUUGUUCCACCACUCCUCACCAAUGCCAGCUUGGAGGAGCUGUUCCAUGUGGCGGAGCUCCAAUUCAGUUCCGGGUCGGACGCUGGUCGUCUCGGGGCCGUCCACUUGCUGGAGCGUUCCCUCGUCCCGAACCCACGUUCCGCUGUUGACGGCUGCCCGUGCCCGGCCGCGGUGGUGGUUGGGGUGGUGGCGUGCUUGCGGGAGGGGAUGGCGCGUAAGCCUGCGAGUAAGGUUUUGUUAGCACUUUGUUUGGUGGAGGGGAAUCGGCGAGUGGCGGUGGAGGCGGGCGCGGUGACGGCGGUGGUGGAGGCGCUGACGGACGCGGAGAGCGCUGUGCUGUGGCGGUUGUUAGCAGCGUUGGAACUGUUGUGCACGACGGCGGAAGGUGCGGCGGAGGUGAGAGCUCACGCCCUGGCGGUGCCGAUGAUGGUGCAAGUAAUGGGGAGGAUGGAGGGGAGGGGGAAAGAGCACGCGAUAAGCGUGUUGGCGGUGAUCUACGGUGGUUUGGAGGAAGGGGUGGGGGUGGCACCGGCGGAGGAGGUGGCGCGUUCGGUGAUGUUGGCAUUGCAAGGUGAUUGUAGUGCAAGAGGGAGGAGAAAAGGGGCCCAGCUUCUGAAGAUUCUUCAAGAAAACGGACGGGUGGAAACGAGCGAAGAGGAGAGAUAAGCGGUCCGGAUUGUGUAUUUUCAGUCAAAGUUGUAAGAUGAAAUAAUUACUGUAUGGCGCCUGCGCAUCUGAAAGACGCCCAAGAGGGAGACAUAUCAGAUAUCAUCCUUGUGUAGGAACGAUAAUAAAUGAAUGUGAAUUAUUAUUUUUCUAU